AUGUCUGCAGACGCACCUACCUAUUCUACCAACGAAGUCGAAGCCGUUCUUGAACAAGCUGUUGCUGACGCAGAAGCACAAGUUGAACAACUUGAAGAACAAGCAGCUGAAGAAGCCGUCGAAGAAGCCGUCGAAGAAGCAGUUGAAGAAGCCGUUGAAGAAGCCGUUGAAGAGGCAGCAGUUGAAGCAGCAGUUGAAGAAGCAGUUGAAGAAGCAGUUGAAGAAAUUGAAAAGAAGUUUGCACAGGAACAAUCCGAUGCUGCAGUUUUAGCAGCUGCAUCUGCAUCAACAAAGGAAGACAGCGAUGACGAAACUAGUGAAGAUGAAGACGAGGACGAUUUCGAUCCAUCCGACGAGACUAUUCUUGAUCGUAUUGAGGCAUUGAAGGAUAUCUUCUCUCCAGCACAGAGAAGUUUCUUCACCUCUGCAUAUUCCAAGACCAUUUCAUUUGCUAAAAGCUCUACUUUCAAUAUUGGUUCUGCAUUAUGGUAUGUUGCAACUACAAGUAUGUUAGUUGGUGUUCCAUUGGCUGUUGCAAUUUUGAACGAGACACAGUUGACCGAACUCGAAAAGGAAUUGAAUGGUCAAGGCUUGGGCGCACCGGCAGUUGCACCAGCAGUCUCCGCAGCACCAGCAACUGAAGAAGCUAAAUAA